GGGUUUACCAAACAUGGCGACGGCCAUGUUGAAGAAAAUUUCGGUCGCAAUAAGUCGUUUUUCUCUGUCAGAUCAAAUAAUUUUACAACAAAUCAGAACGGCAUAUGCAACCAAUCGAAAAAUUCUACCACAGCAAGGAAGUCAAUCAUGGAAUCGGCUAAAGAAAGAGUUGACUCAGAAACAUUUUGGACCAUCAGAACCGCCAGUAAAUAUUGGAUUACCUUUUAAGGAGAGCUCAUUAAAUCUAUCUCGUGCGGAUUUAAGGAAAAUGAAAUUGGAGAGGGAUAAUGAUGAAUUAGAAAAGAAAGCCAGACAGAGGGAAUUGGUUACUCCAAUGAAUGAGAUUAUAAACCAGACGUUUGAGGGGGCUGGACAGAAACAUAUUCACCGACUGGCUGAGCAUCAUGGCAUCUAUAGAGACCUGUUUGGAGACUCAUUCUUCUAUCCAUCUGUUCAUCUGAAGGUUGGCUACACAGAUCUUGAGGACUCUGAGAUGAUACAACCAGUUUACUAUGGCAACCUCAUGGCACCUGCAGAAGUUCGCUCGUGCCCGGAGGUGUUCUACAAGAGCAAGGAGGGAAAGUUUUACACGCUGUGUUUGGUUGCCCCUGACAGCCAUCUUGAGGAGAAUAACCAGGAAUAUCUCCACUGGAUGGUCACGAACAUUCCGGGCAAUGCAGUUGACCAGGGUGAUGUGUUGUACAAAUACAUGCCCGUGUUUCCCGUGCAUGGGACAGGCACACACAGAUACGUUUUCUUACUCUACCAGCACGAUGCCAGACUCGAUCUGUCAAUUAAACCUGAGACAACUGAUAGUCCAAACCUGAAUGAGAGGACAUUUAACACACAGCAGUUUUAUAUUAACCACAUGUCCAGCAUCACCCCGGUGGGCCUGUGUUUUUACCAGGCUGAAUGGGACAGAAGUGUCAGGGAUACCUUCCAUAAAGUGCUAGACAUGGAAGAGCCAAGAUUCGAAUUCCUCCCACCAUCUGAGUACAUUCCCAAACAGAAGAUCUGGCCUGAGUGGGAGUCCUUUAACAAAUACAUGGAUACAUACAGAGAAAAGAAAGAAAUAGGCGAGCAGGUUUUGAAGGAAAAGUUGAAAACUGGCCAUCCAUUCAAGCCUAGGUCACCUCGACCAAGAUAUCCGCUCAUCUUCAAACCUAAAGGGAAAAUGGCAACAUGGUUACUUAUACAGGAACAUGAAAAACGUUUGAGAAAAUCAUAUUGGAAAGCAUUAGACGAUUAAAAGAAGAUAAAAAAAUGUUAAAAGUGUUCCAUUAAACCAUGUUGAUUUUGAUUUUGAAAUAUCUUGCAGAAAUUAGGAAGACUUUUCACGCAAAAAGUAUUGCAUAUAUUAUAUGAUGGUAUUUUACACAUCUUUUGUAAACAAAUAUAUUAAAGAUGCAUGUAUUUCGUAAUAUUUAAAAAUUCACUUUUCUGUGGCUGAGUCUCAAACUUAGAUUUGAGACAUAAGUUGAUAUGGACCCUGGAUUUAAUUAAGAAGAGCUCUGCAAAGCAAAGUAAUAUACAUGGACCUCAAUGAUCAACAAGCUGUAACAAUAGUUCCUACGGCGAAAGCAACAUGCCGCUGCAGUCUUGUUCUGGUCUAUACUGCCAGCUGAUGAAAUUUAUAUUUCCUAUUCACCAGUGGCUUAGUGCAAGACUGUUGUAAUGCCAUCUGUUUCUAUAUUGAGUUACAGUCAUUUUGCACUAAGCCCGGUCAUUGUGUUCAGUAGAUAUUCAUUCAAUUAAAAAAUAAAUACCAGAACGAUU